AUGUCCCUGCCAGCAACGCUCCAGACCCGCCAGACACCUCUCCCCAUCUACAUAGGCUGCUUUGACAACUCGACCCCACUAAUCGACCAAGGCUUCUACAAAUACCAGAGCAGCGGAUACUGUGCUGAGCUGUGUACGAACCAGACCGAACCGGCUUUUGGCCUUUCGAAUGGGAAUCAAUGCUGGUGUGGGGAUCUGUUGCCGCCUUCGGAUGCAGAGGUAGAUGAUGAGAAUUGUGAUACGCCAUGUCAGGGUUAUGAUCUUGAGGACUUCUGGCUAUCGGGAUACGAUACCGAUGUUGCGAACUACAGCCCGGAGGACGGUGUCAUCAUCCCGGUGUCAAGCUCAAGCACCAGCUCAAGCACCAGCUCAAGCACCAGCUCAAGUACGCGGACAACGGCUAGGACAAGAACGUCCCCAACAUCCACCCGGAGACCUGCAACGACUGCUCGGACUGGCCGUACAUCUUCCACUCGGUCCACCAGUACACGAUCCGCGAGCACGGGGUCCACAAGUUCCACGAACUCUGCGGCUUCGAGCUCGAGCUCAGCGGCGGCAGGUGCUGCUGGACAGAAUGCAGGCCAGCAAGCUGCAUCAUCCAGUUCAAAUUCCGGCGGUGGUGGUGGUGGUGUUGGUAGUAACGACAAGAUAUUAGGGAUCGUGCUCGGGGUAGUCCUCGGGCUGCUGCUUCUCGCCUUGAUUAGUUUCCUGUUCUGGUGGAUGCUGGCAAGACGGAAAAACAGAAGUCGAUCGGGGUCGCCGGCGCCAGAACCGCAAACAGAGCCCAACCCCAUUAUCGGUGGUCCGGCGUACGAAUCCACAGAGAAAGAGGUCGUUGAUCCACGACGUGAGUCCACUCUCGGACCAUUGCCACCGCCACAGCCUAUCUUCCUAGGCCCGAGUGGUCGCAAUGCCAGCCAGGCUACUACAGGUACAUCCAACGACCAGCCAUUUUAUACCCCAGCGGAAGGCCGUUCAUUCUCGUUCGCCACCGGGUCAGACGCCGCAGACAAUGCUGCAAUAGAGCCGAGCACGGAGCCACAAUUUCAUCACGCUGGACCUUCACAAGGAACCAUUUUCACGCCUGCUCACAGCUCGCAAACACCUGCGGCUUCAUCUGGUGCUCCUCAGCAACAGGUGAUCAAUCGCAAACCCGUCCCAGCAAGGAGUGAAAACCACCCGCCCGCUGAUCCCUUCACCUCCGGAGCCGACGAAGGCGGUGUAGAAGACGUCGGAGUCGGCUUCAUGCGCACCAACACCACCCGCACCACACCACCGGUCUCGCAGGCCCUUUCACCUGCGGAGAUAGAUGCGUUCGAUUUCGGUGGCCAGCAUGGGAGUAAUGCGGCCACAGCCGCCGGUCCAGCCACGCCGCAAGUCCAGAUCGGGUCGCUGCUGCUGGUUGCGCAGGAUUUUUCUGCUAGACAUCCGGAUGAGUUGAGUGUGGUGAGAGGAGAUAGGAUUGUGUUGGUGGAGAAGGAUGAUCGAUAUAAUGAUGGGUGGUAUCUUGGUCGACAUACGGCGAGUGGGAGGAUGGGGUUGUUUCCUGCAGUGUAUACAAGGCCCGCGACGAUGGGUGGAAGCGAUGGUCAGUGA